AUGGAUGGAAUUAAAAAGAAAAUGAUUGCAAUGAAAUUAGAAAAGGAGAAUGCAAUGGAAAGAGCAGUACAAUAUGAAGAAUUACUUAAAAAGAAAGAAGAAGAACGUGAAAAACGUGAAAGUGAAAUUGCUGAAUUAAAUACUAAAAUGAAACAAGCACAAAUUGAUUGUGAUGAAGUACAAGAAACAUUACAAGAACAAAUGAAUAAAUUAGAGGAAACUGACAAACGUGCUACUAAUGCUGAAGCUGAAGUGGCAGCAAUGACUCGUAGAAUUCGUUUGUUAGAGGAAGAUCUUGAAGUUUCUUCAAGCCGUCUAACUGAAACAUUGACCAAGUUAGAGGAAGCAAGUAAAACUGCAGAGGAAAGUGAACGUGGACGAAAAGACCUUGAGAUUCGUUCGAUUGCUGAUGAUGAGCGGCUUAACCAAUUGGAGGAUCAACAAAAAGAAGCCAAGUAUAUUGCCGAGGAUGCAGACCGGAAAUAUGACGAGGCUGCACGUAAAUUAGCUAUUGCAGAAGUUGAUUUUGAGCGUGCGGAAGCUCGUCUCGAAGCUGCAGAAAGCAAAAUAGUAGAAUUGGAAGAGGAACUACGAGUUGUUGGUAAUAACAUGAAAGCUCUUGAAAUUUCCGAACAAGAGUCAGCCCAACGUGAAGAAAGCUAUGAAGAAACAAUCCGAGAUUUAACAGAACGAUUGAAGGCUGCUGAGCAAAGAGCAACUGAAGCUGAACGUCAAGUAUCUAAACUACAAAAUGAGGUUGAUCAUUUGGAAGAUGACUUAUUGGCUGAGAAAGAACGAUACAAAGCUCUUAGCGGUGAACUGGAUCAAACUUUCGCAGAACUCACUGGUUAUUAA